ACUUGACUGCACGUGCGCACACAGCUGCCCGGCGGAAGCGGGGGUCUGGCUGUGUUUAUCUCGUUGGGGAUCUAGUAGUCGGUUGGCGGCGCACAACGGGUUCUAGGCUGCAGGUAGCGCGACGACCCGCGGCCCCGCCCCGGCCCGGCCUGGCAGGCAGCAGAGGCAGCAGGCCGUGCCGGGGGGGCAUGUUGCUGUGACCCGUGGCCCAGGGGAUGUUACGGUGGACAGUGCACCUGGAGGGCGGGCCCCGCAGGGUGAACCAUGCUGCCGUGGCUGUUGGGCACCGGGUAUUCUCCUUCGGGGGUUACUGCUCCGGUGAAGACUAUGAAACACUGCGUCAGAUUGAUGUGCACAUUUUCAAUGCAGUGUCCUUGCGUUGGACAAAGCUGCCCCCAGUGAGGCCUGCCAUCCGGGGGCAGGUUCCCGUGGUACCCUACAUGCGGUAUGGACACUCAACCGUUCUCAUCGACGACACAGUCUUCCUUUGGGGCGGGCGGAAUGACACCGAAGGGGCCUGCAAUGUGCUGUAUGCCUUUGACGUCAAUACUCACAAGUGGUCCACACCCCGUGUGUCAGGAACAGUUCCUGGGGCCCGGGAUGGACAUUCGGCUUGUGUCCUGGGCAAGACCAUGUACAUUUUUGGGGGCUAUGAGCAGCUGGCGGACUGCUUUUCCAAUGACAUUCAUAAGCUGGAUACUAGCACCAUGACAUGGACACUUAUCUGUACAAAGGGCAACCCUGCACGAUGGAGAGACUUCCACUCAGCCACGAUGCUGGGCAGUCACAUGUAUGUCUUUGGGGGCCGUGCCGACCGCUUUGGGCCAUUCCAUUCUAACAAUGAGAUUUACUGCAACCGCAUCCGUGUCUUUGACACCAGGACUGAGGCCUGGCUAGACUGUCCACCCACUCCAGUGCUGCCUGAGGGGCGCCGGAGCCAUUCAGCCUUUGGCUACAACGGGGAGCUGUACAUCUUUGGUGGCUAUAAUGCAAGGCUGAACCGGCACUUCCAUGACCUCUGGAAGUUUAACCCUGUGUCCUUUACCUGGAAGAAGAUUGAACCGAAGGGGAAGGGGCCAUGUCCCCGCCGGCGCCAGUGCUGCUGUAUUGUUGGUGACAAGAUUGUCCUCUUCGGGGGUACCAGUCCAUCACCUGAGGAAGGCCUAGGAGAUGAAUUUGACCUCAUAGACCAUUCUGACUUACACAUCUUGGACUUUAGCACAUCUAACAUGUCAUUUGAGGAGCUAUUGGAAUUGCAGAGCCAAGAGGGGACUAAGACAUACAAACAGUCAGUAGCCAGAAACAGUACUAAGAAGCAAGGCUCUAGGCCACCUGUCCAAAAUGUAUGUGUCGUAGAUAAGCACAGACCUCUGGAAAUGUCAGCCAAGGUCCGCGUGCCGUUUUUGCGGCAAGUUGUCCCCAUCAGUAAGAAGGUAGCCCGGGAUCCCCGCUUUGAUGAUCUGUCAGGGGAAUAUAAUCCUGAGGUGUUUGACAAGACAUAUCAAUUCCUGCAUGACAUCAGAGCCAAAGAGAAAAAGCUUGUGAAAAAGCAACUAAAGAAGCACCAUUCCAGGGAGAAGCAUGAGAAACUGCAGCAGCUGCUUCAGCGAAUGAAGCAGCAAGAAAUGGCGCAGCAGGAACAGAAGCGGCAGCAGGAGCUGCGCCUGGCCCUGAAGCGGGAGCGGCGGGCUCAGGCCCAGCAGGGCCGUCGGCCGUACUUCCUGAAGAAAUCUGAGCAGCGCCAGUUAGCCCUGGCUGAGAAGUUCAAGGAGCUGAAACGCAGCAAGAAGCUAGAUAGCUUCUUGAAUCGAAAGAGGCGUCGAAAUGCAGGCAAGGACCGGAGACAUCUCCCUUUGAGCAAAGAGUAAUAAACUGUCCUCAGCUCUUCUACUUCCCCAGUGGGAAAUGAAUCUGUAAAGACAGAGCUUGGGCUUGGCCUUUUCUGGUUCUUUCCCAUCCGAGGGCAAGGGUCACAGAUGCUCUUGAACAUGACUGGCUCAGAGACCUCUAGAGGCGCUUGGACUGCCCAGAGCUGAACAAGAAGAGCAGCUCAGCCUUCUACUGAGCCACACUUCCUCUGCUUGGAUCUGGUUUAUCACAUCAUUGUGUCUUCUCCCAUCUUUGCCUUAAACCGGUGACCUUGGUCUAGAAGAAAAGAGGCCAGUGAAGGCAUGGGUCUGUAAGUCGUUCCCAGGGCUGGAACUUUCUGUGGAGCCAGUUCAUAAACAUCCUUGUCAUUCA